CCCAAUGAAGAUGGCCGUUAUAACGGGGUACAACUAGUUUUUGACGGUGUUUCGUGCGGUUCACGCGCGAUCACCGCGAACCCACCAUCGAAUAAUUACUCUUCAACCGUUGAGUAAGAUCGAUUCGCGUAACAUUAUCAACGUGAGGGGAUCCUGUCAUCCCAAAGUGUCACUCGACAAAGGAGCCACUGACAGGAAUGAUUAACGAGUGGGCUUGAAACCGUGUAAAUAAUACAAAUCGCAUCCGAAUCAUCCUGGGAAAUUGGUGCUGAGGAAUGUAGGUGACGAGAGCACUGAUCAUAAUAACAACAUUACAAUGACGAGCGAGGAUUUACUGCAGCCGGGACAUGUGGUCAAGGAGAGGUGGAAAGUUAUGAGGAAAAUUGGCGGUGGUGGGUUCGGAGAGAUUUACGAGGGCCUGGACUUGCUGACCAAAGAGCAAGUAGCCCUCAAAGUCGAGUCAGCGAGGCAGCCAAAGCAAGUCCUCAAGAUGGAAGUUGCCGUCCUCAAAAAACUUCAGGGUAAAGAUCACGUCUGCCGCUUCAUAGGCUGUGGCCGCAACGACAGAUUCAAUUACGUAGUAAUGCAACUGCAGGGUAAAAACCUGGCGGAGCUCCGACGAGCCCAGCCUCGUGGUGCAUUCUCCCUCUCCACAACUCUCCGCCUCGGUCUUCAAAUCCUAAAAGCAAUAGAAAGUAUACACCAAGUGGGCUUCCUCCACAGGGACAUAAAACCCUCGAACUUUUCAAUCGGUCGUCACCCCUACAACUGUCGUGUAGUCUACAUGCUCGACUUCGGUCUAGCUCGUCAAUUCACCACUGGCACCGGUGAGGUGCGUCCAGCCCGUGCAGCAGCUGGUUUUCGUGGUACCGUUCGUUACGCCUCGGUGAAUGCCCACAGAAACAAGGAGAUGGGAAGGCACGACGACCUCUGGUCGCUGUUCUACAUGCUCGUGGAGUUUGUCAACGGUCAGUUGCCCUGGAGGAAAAUAAAGGACAAAGAGCAAGUGGGAAUUCUCAAGGAGAAGUACGACCACCGAUUGUUGCUCAAGCACCUGCCCUCGGACCUCCGCCUCUUCCUGGAGCACAUUCAGAACCUGCAGUACGCUGACAAACCAGACUACGCGAUGCUGGCAGGUCUCUUCGAGCGCUGCAUGAAGCGUCGAGGAGUUAAACUGAACGAUCCCUACGACUGGGAGAGGACGUCAGUGGCGAACGAGGGACUGCCAACAACGAGAUCAUUGCCCACUGUGACAGCUCCACCAGCAUUGACAACAGCCACAACCAUCAACCAGCCCCCAACAACACCAAACGUCGACACCAAUAAUCAGGAGAACGUGGAGCCUGACAACAGGAAGGAAACGAAAAUGGACAUCGAGAGUUUGUGCAGACUACUGCUGGGGAAUGAUGGCUCGCCAGUGCCCUUCACCUCAGCAAUAAGCAAUCAUGGGAGGGACAAGAACUGCAAUGCCACCAUUCAGAUAACAGACAACACGCAUCAGCAGGCUGGGCAGGUUGCUGCUACUCCACCUGUGCAGGGCUCACCGAAGAAGAGGAGGGCUGUGUCGAUGGCUGUCGAGCCACAGUCGCCAGUGCCACCGGUUGAGAAGCAAGUCGAUCAUGAGGGGGAUGCACUGAUGGCAUCAGCAAGAUCAACUUCUGAAGUGGCAAGGUCCAAGACUGUCGCCAAUGCUGCCACUCCUCUCAGGAAAUCAGCGAGUGGCGCGACUUUUGCGAGGCUGAGAGUUGUUGCGCCGCAGGAGAGCAACUCUGGGGAGCCACCCAGUCCGAGGAUACAGACUGAGGUCGAUGCUUCGUACUGCUCGUACGAUGUCACGAAUACCAAGCAGGGGAAUCAGAGUCCUGUUACCGAGCAGAGAGAGCCACUCAGGAGGGAGCCCAGGAGGCGAGCUGAGCAGAGGUCACAGCCUAGGGCUGGACGAUCGACAGUCAGGGACUGUUCCAUCACACAAUUUGCGCAGAUUGAUGAUGAUAAUGUGUCGGCGCUGCAGCAGGUGACCAGGGGCGGUGGGGGGCUGACUCUGGCGUCACAGUGGAAGUCGCAGUUUGAUGACUCUGAGGAGACUGAUAAUGAGUGGAAGGGGGAGAAUCUGCAGAGUCCGGAGCACAAGGGGACACCGCCUUCGAUCGUUCCGCAGUCCACAGUUGAUAAUGAGGCAGUAGCCACUGCCCGUUCCACCACUGGCACCCACGAAGCUAGAUCCCCAGUGGGUCAGGCAUUAUCUAUAACAGGGAAUAUGUCUCAGCAGGCAGCACUCAGUACGAUACAGACGGUAUUGUCGAGAAUAAGUGAGGAUUCACCGAGACCUGGGGUACCCAGGAGAUGCUUGAAUAUCACGGGAAUUGAGAAGUAUCCGGAUCUGCAGGGUGCACUGCCACGUGCAUGGAGCGUACCGGCGCUGGCGCCACACGUACGAACUCACCUUGAAGCACCCUUGGUACAACAAGCUGCCUUCGACGAUCUCCUGUACGAAGUUGACGUGAUGUGGAACGUAGCAAUGCGGCAUGACGAACCAAAGGAGAGUGCCGUGACUAGAAGAGCUAGUGUUCCAGCGGUGGCAUUCACAUCGUCAGGUGUUACGAUGAAUGGAGAGGAGGAGGAAGAGGCUGUUGCUGGACGACUUGAGAUACGAGUUGUCGAUCCAACCAUUGGUGCUACAGUCGUCCAAACGACUGUCGACAAGGAACCUAUUCAUAAAAAAUUGACAAAUGGUACAACGGGGAGUCCAGCAAGCCCCAAUCCCGCCCCCGAGGAGUCCUCGAUAUACUACGAUGCAACAGAGAGUCGAGUUAACACAAGCAAUACAUCAAUAAAUAAAGCUGUGACAAAUUCAACACCAUUGCCGACAAAUAACACAGUUCUUCGUGAAUCAAAAGACAAUAAAGAACGUGAUACGACUGGUAGACCACACAGUGUCCACAGUAAAAUACCAGUACCAGUGAAAAGUCCACGGUGCUCACUAUCUGAAUCCACGCCAGAUCAAAAUACACCGAAUACUGGGAAAACUGGGACUGCCAGUGAAGUUGAUAAGUCCGGGGGAUCCUCCACUCAGUCCAGGGAGAAGGAUUCCGCAAUGAAGGGAAAGCCCUUAUCAGUCCACACGGAGGCGCCAGCCCUGCGACGAUGCGCAACAUUGCCCGAUGCAAGACCCAGUCCUCCAUUAUUAACGUCCACAAGUUCCACCGAGGAUGAGAAUUUAACUGGCUGUACGCCAGCCCUACGCAGACGAAGACAGAGUGAGAAAUACGUGACAGACGCUAGUCAAUUGAAUCUGAGAUUCCAGAGACCCCAGCGUCGUGCAAGACCAAAUUCCGAGGUGCUACCGAGAUUUUACCCUCGGGGUGUGCCCUCAUAUCUCCUUGAUACAGGUAAAAGAAAUGACGAGAGCAGUGAUAAUGACUCGGACAGCAGUGGAGCACCAAUAUCCCAGCCACCACUUCCACCUUCGUCGUUACCACCUCAUGUGGCUGAGAACAAUGCUAGAUGCAGAAGAUUCAGACCAGUCCCAGAGACGGCAAUCAGCAGAGAGUCGUGAGACUUACUGAUGAAAAUGACAAAUGGUAUUGGUUCACACCACAAUCAGCAGAGUUCUACCACAGCCGAAUAGGAAUGUGAUAACCUAUUGGAUAAAAAAUUAAGUAAUUAGAUGAUUUUUUCUAGUAACUGACUCAUAGUCAAGACAGAUAUCUUAUUUGGCUGAUGCAAGUAUGAAUUAUCAUUCCCAAUUGUUGGGGAUAAAUGGGUAUAACGUACUUACCGUGCCCCUGCGGUGUGAUUUUGUCGGAAAAUUAUACAUUGCGAAGUGUUUUUAUUUUAAAGUCGAUUGGAGGAACGAGUGAGGGGACUCAAACGAUACUUGUGCGAGAUAUGGCAUUUUUUAAUGCCCCUGCACUUAUGAAAAAGUUUUACAGAAAAAUCUAGCGCUUUCUCCAUGAAAUUCUUCUGAAUUUCUCUUGGAAUUCCAUGAGAAUUCUAUUAAAAAAUUAGUUUUUUGCGCCAAUUCUAUGAAAAAUUAUGCAACUCUCCUGUGCGGUUUUUAAAAUCUGAGACGAAUUUUCUGUUUUUUCUUGGAUCUUAUUAUGAGAAAAAUAAAAUUCUUAUGGAAUUCCAAUAGAAAUUCAAUAGAAUUUGCAAUUAGAAAAAAGCGCAAGAUUUUUCUAUUGAAGUUUUUUCACGCGUGUGAUAACGUGAAUUUACGAAAAGCUCACAUCCUUUUUUGUUUAUGAAUAUUUUAAGUAGGGGAGAGGUUGUUUUGACGUUUUAUUAGUUUAUUGCAGUACAAUUGCAAUACCGUCUCAGUCAUUCUAGCUAUUUUAUGGAUCUCUAACAAAUGAGAAAUAAUCUGUACAAAAAAAAAUUGAAAAAGAAAGAAAAAAAAAUUAGUGAAUUACGUAUGAUUCUCAUUUUUAAAUGCUUUAUCGGAUUAUCGAAUGAUACUCGUGUUAAUAAUGGUAUUGGAGUGACGAAUACGAUAGUGAAUGUAUGACACUUGACCUUGUCUGUGCACUGAAAUCCCAUCUGCAGGUGGAUGACACAUAACUGCAGGAGAGUUCUAAAGGACUAACCGAAUUUACCAAUUCCAUCGUUUUAUUUAUCUGCAACCAUAACAAUAGGUUUAAUAAUUACUAAAAAAAAGGUGGAGAACUAGAAUGGCUUUCUUGCAGUUAUAUUUCGCCUGCGAUUAUUCGAUCUUAAUGAGAAAAUGGUAAACGAAAAAUAAGACGAGGCAGUGUUUUCCUUGUUAGACUAUAUGAAUAGAAAAUAAUGGGGAAUUUGGGCGAGUGUGCUAGUCUCGAUGGAUCCAACUUAUUCAUUUCAACAGAAUGCAACAAUUUUUUUUUUUAAUGAACGUUUCAACCUUAGGAAAAUUCUCUAGACGUAAUGAAAGAGAAAACUGAUACUAAACAGCUAGAAUUCCUCUAAAUAUAAUGAGUAGCGUUUAAUGCCCACGAGAUAACUGUAAAUGUUUUUUUAUCAAAAGAGUUACUUUUGAAUUUAUUAUUUUGUUUUUAUGUAUAUCUUGGCGAGCAUUAUUGCAUAGUGGCUCAACAGCUGAGAAAAUUUAGGAGAUAAAAACUGAAAAAAUUAUUAAUGAAGGAAAACAAUUAAAACAAAACUUAUUCUAAUAAUCCUAGUCAUUUAAGAUCAGUACAAUAAUUGUUCUUGUGCAAUUGAAUAAGGAAAAUACUAGCAUCGUAAUGCUUCGUACGAGGAAAAUGAUAAACCAGAGGUGAAAAUUUUUAUAAAUAUUACAAGAGCGAUAUUGUUUUGUCGUUUAAAUCAACGUCAAGUGGUUGAUUAGGUGAAACAUAUACCAAAAGAUGAUAAAAAAAGACAGAAUACAUUAUUAGUAAGGUAGAUCUGAGAUCUAGCUAUUACUUUUUAAUUAAUUUUAGAUGUCUCGACGACAAGGGCAUCACGAGAACUAGGGGGAAAAAUGAUAAAAGAAGAAGAAUGAUUAAUCAAUUUUGUCGCGCACAUCUCUUGCAAUCGUUAGCUAAUCAAAAUCUAGUCAAAAAAAAAAAUGUACCCGCACGUUAAUCACAUCGCAACUAAUUUUUAAGUUUAAUUCAUAAUAUGAUUGUCAUAACGUAGAAUGCCUGGUGUUUUUCAUUGCCUGCCCUCACUUGCAGUGCAAACUAAAUUCAAUUAGUCUUCAUACUGUGCCAUUGAAUCAUAACUUAUUGAUAAACAGUCCGCUGAUUGAUAUGUGGAAUCGAUAUAUUAAUUUAUCGCUUAUUUAUUAAUUUUACUGUAUAUUUUCAUUUUUUACCAGCGAGCAGAAACAUAACAAUUCAUGUUCAAAAUUUUCCGUCAUGAUAGUGCAGUUUUCUCACUGAUAAUUAAUUAUUUGUGGAUUUAUGGAAAUUACUGGGAGUUGUUCGUGAAAUAUUUGAGUGCGAGAGGUGUCAAAAGCAAAGAAGCAAGCUACGAAUCCAUACGAAAGGCCAAAUUAACGAUAUUUAUUAUUAUCCGUACAUUAUUACCAAUAAUUAGGAAUUAAACAGUAUUUUUAUGGAAGACAAUGGGAAUUACUUUGUAAUUAUUCGCUUCCUCUAAAGAAUACUUAAUACGUGCAAUUUAGAGUUACUUUGAGUUUUAAAAAAUGAUUUUUUUUAUUUAAUGAAUAAACAAAUACUCGGUAUUAAAUUUUACAGUAAAUUGCACUGUAGAAUUAGUUUGACUGAGUGCCAGACAAAUUAAAUUGGCAUACCGAAGUGAAUGAAAUCAUUGAUAACAUCAUAACGUCGAGAGAAAUGUUGCAUUCCGUUGACUAUAAACCGCCCAAAAUAAGCCACAAAUUUCAAAUGAAACGAAUGAAAAUAAAUCAACACAAAUAAAACAGUGAGAAAUCGUCAUUUAGGUUCCUGUACAUAUUAUCAUUAUGUACCACGAUCGAAUCAAUAUUAAUUAUCACCAGAAUGAUUAAUCAUUGGUCAAUAAUGGAUAUGAGGGAGAAAAUAAUUGUAUCUUUUCUUCGCUUUGUGAUUUACAUUAUAUGAAUUUAACGAAUGAAAAAAAAACCAACUAUGUUAUUACAUGUGAAAUUAUAAUCAAACGUUUGAAUUCUCUUUGAUCCGGUGAUCAAUAUGAGAGAGUGUAAAAUUCGUAAUGAUAAAUGAAAUAAGGAACCACACGUGAAACAUUGUAAUUAUUGAGUCUGCAAAUAAAGUGAACAGAUUACUAUUGUCUAUGAA